AUGCUACCGUAUUCUUUUCCUGGGCAUGCAUUGGCAUUCUUGAGGAAUUCGGAGGAGGUACUUGCCACAGGGAAAAAAUACUUUGGGUGUACGAAUCACCCUUUCGCUCUAAACUUGGGUGGCUCUAUCUUUUAUGCAAUCUUCAACCCAGUUGAUGUGGCAGCUGUUUUUAAUGCUGGGCCAAAGUUAUCGUUCGAUGGUUUUCUCCACGGCAUAAUGGCAGAGUUUGGAAGUAGCCAGACAGCCAUUCAAAAGGUUCUCAACGUGCCAGAUGAAAGCCAACUUGGCUUAUCUCCUCGGCAAAGCGUCAGUGAACUAGCCCAUCACUUUCAAGUCAAACAGACAAGCGGAAGCGAGCUGAAGCUACUCAUUCAACAUAUUGUUUGUUUCUUCCAGGAGAACCUUCUGUUAGAGGGGUUGAAAAAUCAUACCUCACCCUCAUUCUACGUGGACUGCGACGGGGAGAAAUGUGUGUCCUUGAAGUACUGGACAGCAGAGGUUUUCAUCCACGCAGGACAAAACGCUUACUUCGGGGAUGAACUACUCAAGAUUGAUCCAACCCUUCCUCAAGUACUGAUGCGAAUGGAUGAACUAAGCUGGCAGAUCUUUUACCGCUACCCAUGGUUUCUUCGUCCUGAAUUGAAUCGCCUGACCAGCCGUCUGCGUUCAACAUUGCAUCAGUAUUUAAAACUACCAAAGCACCAAAGAAAAAGCGUUGCUUGGUUUACCCAAUUUCUUGAAAGCGAGUAUCGACGUGUAGGUCUUGAUGAUGAAGACAUUGCUGCACAGAUGCUGUUUCUGUAUUGGGGAAUUAAUACCAACGUGUCCAAAGUGGGAUACUGGAUGAUGGCCCACAUUGCCUUUGAUCCGAGUCUGGCAGAAAUCGUGCGAGAGGAGACAGAGCCAGCAUUUCAAGAAGAUGAGAGUUUGGACGUUGAGUAUCUCGCCAACGCAUGUCCCCGAUUGAAUUGUCUAUGGCUCGAAGUCCUCCGUCUCUCGGCGUCAUCGACUACACUUCGUUACAUCACCGAAGAUCAAGAGUUAGGAAACUAUCUCCUGCGAAAGGGUCGUGCCUUGAUGAUCUCCGCACGCCAGCUGCACCACGACGAGACGGCCUUCGGAGAAGAUGCCCACCUGUUUAAACCCGAUCGUUUCUUGAAAUCUCCAAAACUCCAGCGAAGCUAUUGUUUUCGUCCUUUCGGGGGUGGGAAAACGCUCUGUCCUGGUAGGCAUCUGGCAAAGUGGAUGGUACUAUCUUUUAUUGCGAUAGUAUUUCGACGUUACGAUGUGGACCUUGCGAAACCCCAAAAGUUUCCAAGAUACCAGGAAAACAAGCCUGCUAUUGGCAUCAUUUCUGGCUGCGAUGACGUAUUUUUGAGAUUGAAGGCACGCAAAUGA